UUGAACUGCUUGCGGUGUUGGAUUGAUUUCGUUGAGGCGAACGCCUGUGCCUGACAUUUCCCUUUCAUUUUCUCUUCACAGCGUUUCCUAGACGGUAGACGUGUACGAAAAGUAUAUCGUUUUAAGUGAGUUUCAUUACUAUAAUACUCGAAAUUAUUUGUGAAAGAUCGUAAACAUGAACGCCGUAUAUGCCAUUGUGCUAGGAUUAUUCGCCCUGAGCCACUUGGGAAUCGCCAACGAAGAUAAUGCGGCUCGGUUAUUGGUAUCGAAGCAGAUCCUGAACAAAUACCUCGUAGAAAACCGUGAUAUAGUUGUCAAAUAUACGCUGUAUAAUGUGGGUUCCGGUGCUGCCGUCAAUGUACAGUUAGUCGAUAAUGGAUUUCAUCCGGAGGCAUUUGCCGUGAUUGGAGGUCAGCUGACGGCUACUAUAGAUCGUAUCGCACCCCAAACGAACGUGACACAUAUUGCUGUUGUGCGGCCGAAAGCAUAUGGUUAUUUCAAUUUUACUGCCGCCGAAGUGCAUUACCAACCUACGGAGGAAGCCACCAAUGUACAGUUUGCUGUUAGUUCGGAACCCGGAGAGGGAGCCAUAGUGGCCGAAGCACAAUUCAACAAGCAAUUUUCAUCCCACUAUCUGGAUUGGUUCGCAUUUGCUAUCAUGACUAUUCCGUCGCUAGCAAUCCCGUACGCGUUAUGGUAUAGUUCCAAAACUAAGUACGAACUAUUGGCCAAGCCAUCGAAAAAAGUUAAUUGAGGAAUAAGUUUUGUGAUGGGUUUGAAGUAAGGCAGAUUUCUCCUGCCGUACUGUAGAGCUUAGUUUUCCCGAAAGACUAAUUUAUUCGAAGUAAGCGCGCAUUUUUGUUUAAACACUCAUAAUUAAAAAUCCUGUUUUUAUGGAAGUUAACUAAGUUUGAACAGCGUAAAGCAUUUUCGGAAUCCAAAGUCACUGUGGAUCAUAAGUUUUCACGAUCAGCAAAACAUGCAGUACAAUACCGUUUUGUGUUGUUAUAAUCGUACCAUGAAAUAAACAGACAAAAAAGUAUGUUUUCAUAA